AGCAAGGCCCAGAUCAAGUGGGGGAAAUGCAAUCUGCCCUGGGGGAAGGACACCGAUGAUGCCGUCUAUGGCGAGGUUGAGUGCGCAACCCUCAAGGCUCCUCUCGACUACACCAAGCCCAACAACGGAAAGACCAUCGAUCUACAGCUUGCCCGGGUCAAGGCGUCGGUACAACCGGCCAAGGGUAGUGUCUUUUGGAACCCGGGUGGCCCUGGAAGUUCGGCUGUUGAGUACCUGGUGACCAGUACAGAAAGCUAUUACCAAGUUCUCGGUGGUCAAUACAACUUGGUUGCUGUUGAUCCACGCGGAACCGGACGAACCCUGCCCUUUAACUGCUCAAUCGAGGUCGAGGAAGAUGUCGACGAGAAGGCUGAAAAGUCAAAACUAUCACGUCGUUUUGACGUUCUCCCACAGGCCAAUCUCUGGCCUACCUUCAAGGGUGAGACAUGGGACUACUUGGGUGAGAGGGCAGAGCAGUGCUACAAGGCCCGGAAGGAGACUGGCGCCUACAUCGGCACAGCGUUCAGUGCUCGAGAUAUCAUGACUGCUGUUGAUGCCUUGGGCGAGGAUGGCAUGCUGAGGUACUGGGGCAUCUCGUACGGCACUGUCAUUGGACAAACCCUCGCCGGCAUGUUUCCCGACCGUAUCGACCGGAUGGUCCUUGAUGGCACCGUCAUGAUCGACGAGUACGUCAUGGGUCUGAACCCUUCCCUUGUCAAGGAUACCGAGAGAUCCAUGCUACACCUUGUUGAUGAGUGCAUCAAGUCUGGCCCAGAGCUUUGCAAUCUGGCCAACUGGGCAGGUUCCAACACGACCGUCGAGAUCAUAACCACAGCCAUUGAGGAAGUCUGGACCGAGUUGCUAAAGACACCCAAGAUCCCUGAGGCAUGGGGUCUGCCCAAGGACUCGGGUUAUUUCCAGGGCGGUACUGGGUUCCUCAGCACCAUUAAGCACCACAUCCAACAAGCCCUCUACAGCCCAAGCAAUUUCGGAGAUCUCGCUGAUUUCAUUGAAAAGAUGAUUGACGCUGAAUGGCAGCAAGUCUAUGAUAUCAUGAAUCCUAGUACAGAAGAGGAAGAGACGACUGAGGUGUGGAACUGGGGCGACGAUGCACUGGACGGAAUCUACUGCGGCGAUCAGGCUUACCGCGCCGAGACAGUCGACGACCUCUACUCAGCCUGGGCCCUUCACUCUGAACAAAGCUCUUUCAGCGACACCGGUGCCGAGGGAGAGCUCACCUGUGCCCGGUGGCCAUUCAAGGCAGCCGAGACGCUCGACAUGAACAAGUUCAAGCAUGUCAACACAAAGAUGCCCAUUCUGUUUGUCAACAGCAGAUACGAUCCGAUUACCCCCUUGGUCUCGGCAUAUGAGGCUUCCACCCGGUUCAACGGAAGCAGAGUUGUAGUCCACGAGGGCGAGGGUCACGGUAUUCACGGAAACCCGUCGGUGUGCACAUACACCGCCAUCAUCGAUUACUUCAAGAACGGCCGGCUGCCAAAGCCUGGCGUCUCAUGCCCGGUCAAGACCCCGGUCUUCCAG